AUGGCCUCCCCGAUCUUGAACCGCCGCCGCCUCUUGAAGCGGCUGUGGUCAUUGCUGGCUGGUGUCGCUGCGACGUUGUUCUUGACGUACUUCUAUCUCUGGUACACGGAAUCCAAGACGCUACCUGUAAAAUGGAGAAGACUCCCACCAAACUACUACUCCUGGUUCCGAAAGGAACUCGCUCUUCCACAGAAUAAUCCAGACCUCCCUCCACCGCAAGGAAGGCAUGGGAAGUAUGUGCUGUACGACCAACACGUCCAAUUGCUCGGAUGGGGGAACGCGAUGCAAGAUAUGAUCAUGAACGCGCACCUGUCGUACAUGGCUGAACGAACAUUUGUAAUGUACAACUAUACCUGGGAUGUCGGAGUCGGCGACUACUCGAAGUGGGGUGACAGUAUCAUCCCCGCUCAAAUACCCAUCUCGGUCUACGCCAAAGGUCCUAUUGCUGGAGGUCCUUAUCCCGCGGACAAAUAUCGCCCGCCUGCCGUAUCCGUACCCUUCUUCAGGUCGAUUUGUCCCCACCCUGUCAUGUUGAAUGUCGAUGACAUAAAGCAUGAGAUUGGCGAACCGUCGGCCUUAACGAUCAUGACACACUUUGCGAACCGACUCAAGUCUAUUGACGAUGGCUGCGUUGAGUUUCAGUACAACACUGGGCAGGUUCUCGACUUCUACAUUAUGGGUGACGGCAAGCGCAUGGCAGACUUAUGGCCGCCGUUACUCGAGUCGCCCAUCUUGACUGAGUGGCAGUGGUCUGACACCAUCACUUCGGCCUUGGAGACAAACUAUAGGAUAGUCCAUCCAGGCGCCGGGAUUCGCGAUAGUCAACGGGCGGAGCUCCCGGGGCUACUUGCUUUGCACGUACGACGCGGCGAUUUCGAGGGUCACUGCACGCAUCUGGCGAAGUGGAAAUCUGCGUAUAACGCCUUCAACACGCGUGAAGGCUUUCCCGAUCAGUUUACUCCACCUCAGAAUGGUGAAUGGGGAGAGGCCUCUCCCGAGGGUCUUGCGUUCUAUGGGAAACAUUGCUUCCCCUCCAUUCAAGAUAUAGUCGAAAAGGCCCGCCAAGUGCGCUCCGAUGCUCAACGCCAGGGUCGCAACCUGGACCGCAUCUACGUUCUCACCAAUGGAAAGUCGGACUGGUUCGCGGAGUUGAAGGCGGCGUUGAAUGAGCUCGGAGGAUGGAAAUCGAUACAUUCCAGCCGGGAGCUCAAGUUGACCCGUGAGCAGAAAUACAUUGCGCAGGCCAUCGACAUGCUUAUCGCCACGCGCGCUGAUACCUUCGUGGGGAAUGCGUGGUCAAGUCUGACGUCUAACGUCAAUAUGCUGCGUGUAGUACAACACCACCACCCCCAAACGUCGCGCUUCUGGUGA